ACGGAGGGUCUCGUGUAGAUGCUCUAACUUCCGUGCGGCCGCUUCCUCCCUUUUUUUUUCCAACAGCACGCACGCACGCGGCCUCCUCCUCCUCGUCUCCUCCCCUCGGCCUCGAAUCGAUCAUCUCCCCCAGCAAACUGGAGCACCCUAUCCCCAAUCCCACGUAGGCCUGAGCCGGAGACCACCGAGUGAGCGUGGCCAGCCCACCGUCCGUCCGUCCAUCCGUCCGUUAGUUCACCAUGCUCAGGGUCGCAAGCAGGCGCCUCUCGUCCGCCCUAGCCUGGCGCCCCGCCGCCGCCGCCAGGGGCCCCCUCGCCGGCGCCCUACCCGGCCACAACGACGACGGAGACCGCGAGCGCAGGCCGCGGUUCGUCAUCGACUCCCCCUUCUUCGCCGCCGCCAGAGGGUUCUCGGCUGAAACCCUUGUUCCAAGAAACCAGGACCUAAGCUUAGCUGAGCUCCCAGCAACUGUGGCAGCCAUGAAGAAUCCCAGUGCAAAAAUUGUCUAUGAUGAGUAUAACCACGAGCGCUACCCACCUGGUGACCCCAGCAAGCGUGCAUUUGCCUACUUUGUGUUGAGUGGUGGGAGAUUCAUCUAUGCCUCAUUGUUGCGUUUGCUCAUCUUGAAAUUCGUCCUGAGUAUGUCAGCAAGUAAGGAUGUGCUGGCGCUUGCCUCCAUUGAGGUUGACCUCUCAAGCAUCGAGCCUGGCACCACAGUAACCGUGAAGUGGCGGGGCAAGCCAGUCUUCAUCAGGCGAAGGACAGAGGAUGACAUCAAGCUGGCCAACAGCAUUGACAUUACAUCUCUCCGUCACCCGCAGCAGGACGCAGAGCGUGUAAAAAAUCCUGAGUGGCUAGUCGUCAUUGGUGUGUGCACUCAUCUGGGCUGCAUUCCUCUCCCCAACGCAGGAGACUUUGGUGGUUGGUUUUGCCCGUGCCACGGUUCACACUACGACAUCUCCGGUAGGAUCCGGAAGGGCCCAGCACCCUUCAACCUGGAGGUGCCAACAUACAGCUUUUUGGAAGAAAACAAGCUUCUCAUCGGCUGAGACUGUUGUCUGUAGUAUUGGUCCUAUGGUACUUUAAUUUUGUGUUUGAUCGACAAUUACCUUUUUUUUGUUGCCUGGGUAUACCUUUGUUCGACUGUUAUCUAUGAGUGCAGUGUUGUUGCUGGCACCUGACAGUAAUGAAUAACCUGCUGCUACUUUAAUACUGUUCAUUAAUGUCAAGUUUGGGUCUCUGUUUCCUGAGCUCAACGGGAACGAUCUUGUAAUACCUUAGCUGUCACAGUCCAUUUUAUUCAAUCUCGUACAUGUCAGUAACUUUCUCAAAUUGCUCGGAUGAGAGAACUUGAUGUACACUUACAGCCCGCAUGAUGUGUCGGGUUAUAGUGGUAGUUAUAUGAAAGAUGAACUGUCCGCUGUUAUGUUGUUCGAA